UGGGAUUUUGAAUGCAGGACUUUUCCUUGCAGUAUUUUUAGAAUGAUGUGCUGGUACUUUUACUAAAGUAAAGGAUCUGAGCACUUGUUCCACCACUGGCUACAAGCAAGAUGGUUUCUGAUUUACUAAAGGGACGCAUGUCACAAUCCUCCUGGUCCAGCUGUGUAAGUGGAGCUCGUGCUACCUGUGCAGGAAUAUGAACGAUAAUAACCUCCAAACAAUUCAAGCCCCGUUUCAUGCAGAGAAGUCUUCUGUCUAAAGGCAUCGGACCGGACCUGCAGCUUUUAUGUGGUCGCGAUUAAAAUCCUCCUCCUGUAUAUUAUCACCGCUGAUUGAUGAGCAUCGGUGACUCCCCAUCUCUCUGGCCCUCCUCCCAGCCUCCUUUCCCCUCCCUCUCUCUCCCACACGCAUGCAUACAGACCGACAGGCUACGCGACCCCCCUCCCCCCCUUCCAUCAUUUUCCCAUCUCUUACUCACUCUCUUCUCUACAACAAACAUGGCCGCGAAAUCUGAUGGUGCACCCGUCUCUCUACGAAACGAAAUCCCACCCGAGUGUCCUUCCAGGUCGGACCCGCGGCCUCCCCAGCGCCCUCCCGCCGAGCAGCGCUACUCCCUCCCGGACUGCUGCUGGACGCUGUGCGCCCUUUUGGUCUUCUUCUCGGACGGGGCCUCAGACCUGUGGCUGGCCGCGGACUACUACCUAAGGAGGGACUAUUGGUGCUUUGCACUGACUCUGGUCUUUGUGAUAGUCCCGUCCGUGGUCGUGCAAGUGUUGAGCCUCCGAUGGUUCGCUUACGAUUUCUCGGAAACCGUCGAGAGCUGCACGGCUGCGGCCGCCGUGGUGGCGGCGUCGGGAGCGGAGGAGAGCGACUUCAGCACCAAGGACAGCGGCGAGCGGGGCGCUGGCCGCACUGCCGCGGCCGGGGUGCUGCCAGGGCCGGGCACCGGGGGAGGAGCCCGGGGCUGCUGCAGAGUCUUCAUGUGGCUCUUCCAGGUCAUCAUUCACAUAUUUCAGCUGGCACAAGUCUGGAGGUAUGUCCAUGCCCUGUAUUUGGGCGUGCAGAGCCGCUGGCACAGAGACCCCGAGCGCCGUCACUACUACUGGCGCAUGAUGUUUGAGAGCGCUGAUAUCAGCAUGCUGCGUCUGCUCGAGUCCUUCCUGAAGAGCGCCCCUCAGCUGGUGCUGCAACUCAGCAUCAUGAUCCAGGCCAGUCAGGUGCUGCCCCUUCAGGGGCUUUCAGCUUCUGCCUCACUGAUAUCCCUCUCCUGGAUGAUCGCUUCCUAUCAGAAAGUCCUGAGGGACUCCCGAGACGAUAAGCUACCCAUGACCUACAAGGCCGUCAUAGUUCAGAUUCUGUGGCACCUGUUCACCAUCGGGGCCCGCACUCUGGCCUUCGCCCUGUUUGCUUCUGUGUUCCAGCUUUACUUUGGCAUCUUUAUCGUGGCCCACUGGUGCAUCAUGACGUUUUGGAUAAUUCAAGGCGAAACGGACUUCUGCAUGUCCAAAUGGGAGGAGAUCAUCUAUAACAUGAUGGUGGGCAUCAUGUAUGUUUUCUGCUGGUUCAGUGUGAGAGAGGGGCGCACUCGCUGCAGGAUGCUCAUCUACAGCCUGACUGUGUUCAUUGAGAAUGUGGCGCUCACCACUGCCUGGUACCUGUACCGCGGCCCUCGUACCUCAGACUUCUACGCCGUCAUCAUGGUGUGCGUGGUGGCCAGCAGCUACGCUCUGGGCACCUUCUUUAUGUUUGUGUAUUACUGUCUGCUGCACCCUGACGGCCCAGUCUCAGGGUGGGGUUAUAUUGUGGAGAAGGAGGUGCCUGUGGAGUCGCUGGCCUCCCCAGUUUCCAGCCUCCCCCCUGACCUGGUGAGCAGCCCCCCCAGGACCCUUCAGAGAACUAAAGGGUCCGACAGAGAGCAGGGGCCUGGGGUAGAUGGAGACGUGUUUCAGGUACGACCACCUCGGGGAGCUCAGGCUCCAGUGCCCAACCUCACACCCAGGACAGAGGGGCCUGUCAUCCGAAUAGACCUGCCCAGGAAGAAGUACCCCGCCUGGGACGCUCACUUCAUCGACCGUCGGCUGCGUAAAACCAUCCUGGUGCUGGAAAGCGCUGCCCCAGUCACGCCAAGGAUUCAGUACCGCUGUCUGAGCACACCCAAAGAAGUGAUGGAGUAUGAGACCACCGUGUGAUGCGCUGAAGGUGCUGUGACUCAGCUCGCUGCCGUGUGGACACCCUGCCUUAAAAAAAAUGGCAGGUGGAUGACUCUCACUGAGCAGUCUGUUUCAGCUCCACGCCUACUUGAUUGCUCUCUGUACUGUCAGGCAGUGGAGACAAACAGAAAGGGAUGGAGUGUGGUGUCUAUUUUUUACAAAGACAAAGUGCUGUGAUGUUGUCUAAUGAUGGUGCAUAUUUCGGUUUCUGUAUCAUUUCUCAGGUCAGGGUGUGGUACAGGAAGAGGUCGACGUUAGCGGGAAAGCUCGCUGUCCAGUGAACUUGGAGCGAAGCACAGGUAGGCGGAGAAGUGGAGCUUAUCAAUCAGAGGCAGAAAGUCCUCCUCAGUGAAGGUGCUUCAGCACAUCCUCUCAAGGCGGUCGACAACAGAGACGAGCCUUCAACAUGCAUGAUUGGCAGCCAGAACUGAAACAUCACUGAACAAGAUGUAGAAGAGUGAGUAGGAGAGGAGGUGGUAACCUCACAUUGUAAUUUUAAACACAAUCUACAAUAAAAACAACACAGGUACUGAUAAACAUAAUCAUAAUUUUCCAUAGCUACUCACUCAUGUUGAAGGAGUCUCUGAGAAUGCUGCUUCACAUCUGAAGGGCAGUUCAAAAGCAACAUUUGAGUUGAAUGUAAAAACAGUUGAAAAUGUGAUUAUUUACGAAAAGGCUUUGAGCAUUUUCAUGCUGUUAGUGGGAUUUACAACAUUCCUGUGGUACUAUAUUUGUUUUUUGAGGUAAGCCAGAACAUAAAAAAGAGAUUUGUGUGUGUUUACAAGCAAUCUGUUGGUUUUGGGACAUGCCAUCACUGUUAUUCUAAUAAGAUCCACCUUCAUUCAGAUUGUGUAUGUACUGAAUAGCUACGUUAUGAUUUACAUUUACAUUUGCAGGAUGUCUCCUACGGAUAGGACUCUCAACAGUUGUAUUUUCAUACUGCAUCCAUCUUACACUGGAAAGGAAACAGGACAGACAUUCAUUUCCAUGUAAAUUAAACUGUAAAAUGAAGAGGAAGUUAUAGAGGGACAGCACUGUCUGUAAUUGUACUGUAUCAAUACUUUGUUGUCUGAAAAAUGUAAAAAAAAAAAAAAAAAAUUAGCUACAGACUCCAGACCACUAACAGAAUAGCUUUGAUAUUACUGAUGGUACAGGCAUGUGGUACUUUUGGUAACACUUUAUUUUACAGGUCCGUUAUUUCCUCAUAAUUUGCUCAAAACUUUCCUAGAAAGAAAUAUUUAAUUUGGUACAAAUUUUAGGGAAAAUAGAGACAAAGUUCGACACUGUUGUGUUCAAAGCAGUUGUUGAUUUCCAGAGGAAUUUCCUUGAAAUAACUGCUCUAUUUAUUCAUCAUCCACUAAUUAUUGGAAAUGUUAUUCUUCUUAUGUGUGACUGAAAGAGUCGAGGUUACCCUAUCUUAGCAUUUAAUUGGAAUUAAUUAUUUGGCAUUUGACCAAUUAAACAUUGUCUGUAUUUUAACUAUAAUUAGUGCUAAAUUACAAAGUUCUUUCCAGGAACCUUCUAAGGAAAUUAUAAAGACUUUAUGGACCUGUAAAAUAAAGCGUUACCAUACUUUCUUUUAUCAGGGUUGUUUUUCUGUAGAAUAGUCACAAGAGGGAAAUUUCGGAACCGUGUGUGUGUGUGUUUGCGUGUAUUUGUGUGUGAGCUCACAUACCAGCAUGUACAUGGGUGUAUGUGAUGGAGGAAAAGUCCUGACAUGUGCAUUUAAGUUAAUUUGAAAUUGUGUCACUGAGAUAUGACAGUUUUGUUGUAAACACUGUCCAGUCAGCUCAGUUUUCCCAGAUGACAUUGAAAUACAUAAAUAGCCCACAGAGCAUCUUUACCACCCUUGUUGCAGUAACAAAGCCAGAGAGGCUUCAGUUAUGGUGCUAAGUGUUUAAAUCCAUCACGUAACAACCACACAGUGUACCAUAAAAUGGGCUUGUUGUGACAGGAGUUGGGCAGGGCUGUACCUCAAACACAAACACAAAGCUAGAGUUAAAAAGCCUUAAACUGGUCUUGCCAGACCGUUGCUGUUCAGAGCAAGAUUAAAAAAAUAAGAUUAACAAGAAGGUGAAGACAAUUUCAUUAUGUUGUUGUUGCUAAAAUAAAGAGCAAUGUGUUUACCUGA